AUGGAACCAGAAUACGACCCAGAUUUCGUCAAGAAAGAGGCGUCCUGGUACAAAGCUGGUCUGAAAUACGACAAUCUCUCCAGAUUGCCCCCUGCAUCUCUUUCCCAACCCCAGUCCAAUCCUGGUUCCCAAGAGGCCCUCAACAACCACUACUUCACAACCACAAAUGGGGAAGUGAAGUGCACAUCGAAGGCCGACGACUACAUUGACCCUUGGCCUCUGAAAGAGAAGCGAGGGAGGAAGAAGAAAGAGCCGACCCCAGAAGAGGAGGACGAGGACGAAAUGACCGCCGGUAUUCCCCCAAAAGACAGGGAGGCAUUCAACGCGGAGCUGCGCAGGUUCAUGGAAGAGAACUGCCCAAGCGAGAGUGAGGAAGCACUCCCCAAUCCCAUCGUCAAGAAAACCACCACAGUGGAAAAGGCCAAGAAGGCAGUCAUCAGCAGAGCGAAACGUGCUGCUGCAAAGAUCAGAUCCACCAUGGCCCCGCCUCCGCACACUCGCAACACCCGCCUGAAGGCUGCUCAGGCUUCCCAGGCCGCUGAGGCCGCUAAGGCCGCCGCCGCCGCACUACCCGAUGGUCAGGGCCCAGAUGGCGAUGCCGCUCUGGUCAUCGCACCUGAGGCAGAGGAAGACCCAGGCAGAACCAGGCUGCACAGCGCCCCUCCUUUCAACUCCUUCAUGCGCGACACGCGCGCGGCCAUGAACUGCAACGCGUACAUGAGUCGCCCUGUACGCAGUUCCGUGUCCUACAAUGAUGCCUACCAGGCUGCUUUGAACAGCGUCUACCCCAAGGCCAGAUCAGUGGGUGAUGAGCCCAUUGGCAACGACCUUCCACGCGCUCGCGCAGAUGUCCUGGAGCCAGCAGCAGCCGAGCCGGACGCAUCCACUACCGUUGCGCCCAAGAACACUGCGGUGCCCAAGAAGUCGACAGCACAGAAGCCUGUCGCCCCCAAGAAGCCAGCAGCUCAGAAGUCAGCAGCUCCCAAGCCAGCAGCUGCUACCAAGGCUACCGUAUCCAAGCCUGCAGCUCCCAAGCCUGAAGCUACCACUGCUACUCAGGCUAUCGCAUCCAAGCCUGCAGCCCCAAAGCCUGCAGCCCCCAAGCCUGCAGCCCCAAAGCCUGCAGCUGCUACCAAGGCUACCGUAUCCAAGCCUGCAGCUCCCAAGCCUGAAGCCAUCACUGCUACUAAGGCUACCGCAUCCAAGCCUGCGCUCCCCAAGAAGCCUGCAGCAACCGAGGCUGCUACAAGCAAGGCGGCAUCAACCAAGCCUGUCAACAGCAGCGAGGGCAAAGAUAAGUCCGAAGCUGUCAAACUCCCCAGGGCCACCAAAGCCUGUGAUCCCUGCCGGUCGCACAAGACUCGAUGCACCGGGGGCACGCCCUGCGAUGCCUGUCGCAGAAGAGGGUUCGAUUGUGUCUACGCUCCUGAUGGCAGGAAAGCACCUGUGAAGCGCGCUCGCGAAGAGAGCGAGGACGUCACAAAGAAAGAGUCUUCUGAGAAGAAUGACGACCAAGAGAGCCGCCCAGUGAAGCGGCCGUGCAGACUAAAGCUUACCUUCAAGAGGAAGGGGAUGGGCUCCGCCAACGGCUCUGACAACGCAGCUGGAACCUCCAACGCCCAAGUCUCAAGCGUGCCUGACAUCGAGAAAGUCUCUGUCGGCACCUUUACCAACGGCUCUGACAACGCAGCUGGAACCUCCAACGCUCAAGUCUCAAGCGUGACCGACAUCGAGAAAGUCUCUGUCGGCACCAUUCCCAAGGGCUCUGACAUCGCAGCUGGAACCACCAACGCCGAACUCUCAAGCGUGCAUGACAUCGAGAAAGUCUCUGUCGGCACCAUUCCCAACGGACGAGAGUCAAACAAGAAGCGAGCUCGCGAAGACGAUCAGGAGGCAGCCAAGGAGCAGCCUGCCGAGGAUACAGAGCAAAACAGCCGCCCAACGAAGCGAGCACGUAAGCUGAAGAUCGCUUCAACCAAGAAGUCUUCCCAGGAGAACCUUACCCAGGAGAACCUUACCCAGGAGAACCUUACCCAGGAGAACCUUACCCAGGAGGACUCUUCUAAGAAGGACUCUACUCAGCCGUCCGCUAGCGCAGCGGGCACCCUUCCUGAUGGACGAAAGCCAACCAAGAAGCGAGCUCGUGAGGACAGCGAGGAGGCAGUGAAGGCGUCUGCCGACAAGGGUGUAGAGCAAGAGAGCCGCCCAGCAAAGCGAGUAUGCAAGCCGAAAGCUAUUUCAACCAAGGACAAGUCUACCAAGGGGGCCUCUGCUGAGAAGAGUCCUUCCGAGAACGGUCCUACUAAGGAGGAAUCCGCCAACGAGGAAUCCGCCAUCAAGGGCUCUACACAUGUGUCCGACAGCACAGUGGGCACUAUCAAUAGCCAGCCCCCCAGCAUACUGCCUUCCAUUGAGGAGGUCUCUGAGGACCAGGAAGGGCCGGAUCAACAACCCUCGGAAGUGCGGCAAUUCGGUCAGCUCAAGACUGGCGAGAACACGGCGGUAAAACCCAAGAAGAUGCAGUCCUCCUACCCCGGCCGAAUCACAAGAAGUCGAAGCCGCCAGCUGAGUGAGGAAGCGGAGGCCCAGGUUGUAAAGUUGCAGCCCAAGGGCAAACAAGCGCGGAAGGAGACUGAAGACGCCCAGGAGCCGCCUGCAAAGUUGCAGCGUUCAUCAGACGAGGGUCCCAAGUGGCGCAAGCCUGCCGGCAACCCCCAGAUUCUGAGGGCGAUUGACUCGAUGCGUGUUGAUUCCGAGGGCACCGCUCUACCGGAUGACCCCUGGCUCAACUAUCCCUGGGAGCCCACCUGGAUGAGCAACACUUACUUGAACUGGGAGAUGACAUAUGAUUAUCCUGAUCUUAACCUCAAAACAAAAUCACAGGAAGAAUCCUUUCACGCUCGACCGUCGAUCAAACUUGUCAUGACAGAUGUUAUCAAGGGCAUCCUCGUGGACGACUGGGAGCAUGUCACCAAGGACUCCCAGCUCGUGCCGCUGCCACAUGAGCAGCCAGUCGUCAAGAUUCUGAACGACUACCUGGACGAUGAGAUGCCAAAGCGCGAGGAAGACUCUGCUCAGAUCGAUAUUCUCAAAGAGACGAUGGCCGGCCUUCGCGAGUACUUCGACCGUGCCCUUGGCAGGAUCCUUCUUUAUCGCUUCGAGCGAUUGCAGUACUCUGAGUUGCUCCCACAGUGGGAGAAUGAGAAAGACGGAGGAGGCCCGAGCAGCGUUUACGGCGGCGAGCAUCUUUGCCGACUACUUGUGUCACUGCCCGAGCUGCUUGCCCAGACCAACAUGGACCAGCAGUCUGUCAGCCGCCUUCGCGAGGAACUGACCAAGUUCACCAACUGGCUGAGCAAGAACGCCCAGAAGUACUUCGUUCGCGAAUACGAGGUUCCCGGCCCUGAAUACCAGGACAAAGCCAAGAGCUCCUAG